UCUCCCGUUCCGUUACAGAACGGCCGUUCUGUAACGGAUUUUGGAUUUGCCGUUCCGCGAAAUCCCGUUACGGAACGCCAUAAUAAAAUUCACAUACUUCUCGCCGCGUUGUCCGUUCCGUAACGCGAACUCGCCGCGUUAGAACGCUUUUAUCCCCUUACAUCCGUUUUUUUCAAACAUUGGCCAAAUUCUUUCUAUAAUUUAAUUCUAUAGUUGAUGAAACAUGAUAUUCUAUUAGAUUUGAUUAUAUUAUGUUGUAAUAAUGCUUCAUAAACUAAAAAAUGCAAAUAAAGUUGAAACAUAUUUAUGUGAAUUUUUUAAAAAAAUUCACGUCGCGUCGGCCGCGAAACGUUCUAUUUGCCCGUUACAAGCCGUUCCCGCGAAAACGUGACCGUUCCCGCGAACGCGACCGCGUUUUUUUUCCCUGGCUGGGCUGGAUCGCUUUCGUGGACGUUGAGCCGGGCUUAAAAAAUCUGGCCCACCAAUUUCACAAUUCGAGUUGGACUGGACGGGGCUUUUUGCGGGCUCAGCCCAUACGGCCCAAGAGGCGGGUUGGGCUGGAUUGGCUCGCUCUCCUGGCCAUCUCUCAAGAAUUUACAGUCUGAUAAUAUUAGUAUAUCUCCGUACAAUCCAAUGAUUCAACUUCCAAAGCACCAUGACCAAAGGACAAGCAUGGAAUCUAACCCAAGCGGCAAUGAAACUGCAAAAUAUUUUCUAAGACAGGGCAAGGCAUACAGCUUGGCCGCCUGGAACGUUAGAAGACCGGCAUUGGUGGCUAUGCGGGUUCCAUCUCCUUGUUCAUGGAAAGCGAAAUGAAAUCCGAAUGGGAGAUGCGAAUGGUAGUAGACAAAGACGUAGAUAUAGUAAAGUUGGACUGAAACUGGAAGGAGGGACAGAGGCAAUGCCACUAGAAGAAGAUCAUGAAAUGAGGAUAAGUGAAAAUCUAAGGAUUACAUGUGCCAAUUUGAUAAUCAUGGAAUUGGGGACAAUACUCUUAUCUUUGAAAGUCCUGGUCCAAAUUUAGGUGGAGGACCAAGAUGGUUUUCUCCACUGGACUGCAGUCCAAGUCCAAGUGGUUCCUCCUGUAAUAAUGGACAAACGUUCUUAAAGCCCAAGCCCAAGCCCAAGCCCAAGCCCAAGCCCGAGCCCAAGCCCAUCCUUCUUUAUCUCCCUGGGAUUGAUGGCACUGGGCUUGGACUUGUAAGGCAGCACCACAAACUUAGACAGUUAUUUGAAGUAUGGUGUUUGCAUAUUCCUGUUAUGGAUCGAACACCAUUUCCAGAAUUAGUGAAGUUGGUGGAAGGCACAGUGAGAUCAGAGUAUAAAUUGACACCAAACAGGCCUAUUUAUCUUAUCGGAGAGAGUGUAGGAGGCUGCCUUGCUCUAUCUGUGGCUGCCAAUAAUCCUCACAUUGAUCUUAUGCUCAUUGUCGCUAACCCAGCUACUUCUUUUGGCAGGUCGAAACUCCAACUGCUGAAACCUUUGUUGGCAUCAAUGCCGAACCAAUGCUUUCACAGAGGUGAAACUAUGAGCAUGAUUAAAGAUGCCGUGCUCAAAAGGCUUCCACAACCACAAGUUGUAGAAAACAUAUUUGAGGCUUUUCAUACUAUCAUAUCCUACUAUUCUGUUGUUACUAACAUUCUAUCAGUAAGAACUUUAUUAUGGAAGAUAGAAAUGUCUAAGGCUGCUUCUUCAUAUACCAAUUCGAGACUCCAUGCCAUCAAAGCUCCAACUUUGAUUCUAUCCAGUGGUGGAGAUAUAUUACUGCCAAGUUUGGAGGAAGGUGAAAGGCUCUGUAGUGUGCUAUCAAAUUGUGAUAUAAGAAGGUUUAAGGAUAACGGUCAUUUCUUAUUCCUGGAAGAUGGUGUGGAUUUGGUAUACACAAUUAAAGGGGUUCAUUUCUAUCGUCGUGGAAAAUGUUAUGAUUGUGUUGCAGAUUAUGUGCCACCAACCCCUUCCGAAUAUAGAAGAGGGGCACACCAAUAUUGGUUGUUUGAUCCAGCUACCGCUCCAGUGAUGUUUUCAACCUUGGAGAAUGGAGAGAUUGUAAAUGGGCUUGCAGGCUUUCCUAAUGACGGACCAACGUUACUGGUUGGUUAUCAUUUGUUAACUGGAGUUGAGCUGGUUCCUUUGGUGGCUUCAAUUUUUGAGCAGAAAAACAUAAUUAUACGUGGACUGGCACACCCCAUACUAUUCACAAAGUCAAAAGAUGCAAAAUAUUUUGAUUUUGCAGUAUUUGAUCCUUUCAGAGUUAUGGGCGCUGUUCCUGUAUCUGGUGUUAAUUUGUUCAAGUUACUUGCUUCCAAAUCACAUGUUCUACUCUAUCCAGGAGGCAUGAGAGAGGCAUGUCAUCGCAAGGGUGAAUUUUACAAGUUAUUCUGGCCAGAAGAGCCUGAAUUUGUCCGGAUGGCAGCAACAUUUGGAGCCAAAAUUGUUCCUUUCGGCGUUGUGGGUGCAGAUGAUAUCUUUGAACUACUUGCAGAUUAUGAUGAUUUAGCAAGCAUUCCUUUCAUCAAGGAAGCAAUUGAAGCAGAAACAAGUCUAGGAGUGAAGUUGAGGACAGAGAGAAGUGGUGAAGUUGCAAACCAACCAAUACACAUUCCUAUUGUACUCCCCAAAGUUCCAGGACGUUUAUAUUUCUUGUUCGGGAAGCCAAUAGAAACAGCAGGGAGGAGGCAAGAACUAAUGGAUAAGCAGAAAGCUGAAGAACUGUAUCUACAUGUGAAGUCAGAGGUUGAAAGAUCUCUUGCUUUUUUGAAGGAGAGACGAGAGCAUGAUCCAUACAGAUAUCUAUUUUCUCGCUUGUUAUAUCAGUCUAUUCAUGGCUUUACCGCUCAAAUACCAACAUUUGAACUUUAGUUAAGUAGGCAUCUUUUUUUGAGGAAAACUCAUUUUUUUUAUAAUGUUUGUAAUAAGUGUGUAUGUGAUCCGAGAUCCGUGAUGAAACACUAACAUCACUAUCAUACUAUCAAAGAUCCUGUUAGUAAAAAAAUUGUUGGAGGAUUAACAAAAAAAAACUCAUUUAUUUUACUCGUCUUAUUUAGAUAUUACAGUUGUACUUGGCGAAAAGUGAUAUUUAAAACAUACAA